CCGGCUGCAAGGGUCGCUCCUGCUCUCGUGAGUGCAGGCUCCAGCCUCCUGCGUCGCGAAGCUGAGUUCGGUCCUUGUGCCUAUGGGGUCACCAGGCGCGCACCGUUUCUACCCACCCCCUCCCCUCAGACUCCUCCUCCACUGGCUCACGCACCUUUGUGCAUGUGUGCUUGCCUCUCCUCUCGUUCUUUUUGUUUUUCUGAGACAAGGUCUCACUAUGUUGUCCAAGCUGGCCUUGAACUCACUGAGAACCUCAGGCUGUCCUCCAGCCCGUGGUGAUGCUCCUGCCUCAGCCUGCCAGUGCUGGGAUUUCCAGCGAGCAGCGGGUCCCAGCAUCCCAUUUCUGGAUGAGCACCUCAAACAGCGCUUUCACAGGGCACCAGAGAGCCAGGGUGGGAAACACCGAGGUCCUCCUCCCAGGGCACCGGAGCCAGCCCAGGCCAUGCCAUAGGAGUCUCACUGUCCUCUGUGGGGUGCCGGAUGCCACGCUGGUCCCUGGCUCAUACCAGCCCUCAUUGCGUCCUCCCACAGCCCUCCUGCGAGGCAGGCUGCUACUGGCACCCAUUCGGUCCUGCGGGAAACAUGGAGUGAGGAGCAGACCCAGCCUUCACCCCCGCACCUCCUCUUCCUCCGUCCCACUCUCUCCAGUCCUGGGGACGCUGGCUGUAUGGCUCCCUCUUUUCUGUACCCAGCACCCAGUGGGUGUGACCCUGGGCUGCCAACCACAGCUGUGCAGAUGUUCCUGGGCUCCGGGCCCGAGGACCUGCCCACAGCCAGGAGGAUCGAGGACUCACACAUGGUUGGCCUGAGCCAGGCCACCGAGAGAGUGCAGGCUGCAGCCAAGGGCUCCGGGGGAGUGGACUCUGCUCUGGUCGGGACCCAAGGCACCGGCGCCGCUGAGACACUGUGAGCUGGGCUGGGCCUCAGACGGCCGGGGAGGUGCCGGCGUGGGAACAGCUUUAAAUGCAGCCAGCGGACCCCAGGCGUGGGAGAGAGAGAGGGCCAGCACCAUGGGUCUCUGUGGCCUCCGGGCGCUGCUGCUCCUGCCGCUGCCGCUGCUGCUGGUCACCGUGGGCCCCGCCGCAGCCCUCACGGAGGACGAGAGACAGCUGAUGGUCCAACUGCAUAACCUUUUCCGCGCCCAGGUGUCCCCACCAGCCUCAGACAUGCUGCGGAUGCGAUGGGACCCGGAGCUGGCCGCCUUCGCCAAAGCUUACGCCCAGAAGUGUGUGUGGGGCCACAACAAGGAGCGUGGGCGACGCGGCGAGAACCUGUUCGCCAUCACGGACGAGGGCCUGGACGUGCCGCUGGCCAUGGAGGAGUGGAACCACGAGCGCGAGCACUACAACCUCAGCGCCGCGUCCUGCGCCGCCGGCCAGAUGUGCGGCCACUACACGCAGGUGGUCUGGGGCAAGACCGAGAGGAUCGGCUGCGGCUCCCACUUCUGUGAGGCGCUCCAGGGAGUCGAGGAGACCAACAUCCACCUGCUGGUGUGCAACUACGAGCCGCCGGGGAACGUGAAGGGGCAGAGGCCGUACCGCGAAGGGACGCCGUGCUCCCAGUGUCCCCCGAACUACCGCUGCGAGAAC